AUGACAAGAAAAGAGGUGGUGGUGGCUGUGACGGCUGCAACGGCUACGGCGGUUGCAGCUGCUGUGAUAAUUGGUCGGUGGAUGCGGAGGAAGGAGCUGCAGCGGAAACAUACACAAAGGAUUUUGAUGAAAUUCGCUAGAGAAUGCGCCACACCUGUGUCCAAGCUCUGGGCGGUGGCGGACGCUUUCGUCGCCGAGAUGACCACCUCUCUCGCCGCCGCUUCCGCCGCCGCCGAAGAGAAUCGCGGUUCCCUCAGUAUGCUCGUUUCAUUCGCCGGUUCUCUCCCUUCCGGAGAUGAGAAGGGUGUUCACUAUGGAGUUAACUUGCGAGGCAAGGAAAUCCUACUGUUACGUGGGACAUUAGGAGGUAACGAAGAACCGAUCUCCGAUGUUCAAAAGCAAGAGAUUUCGAUCCCUGAAGAUGUUUUAAACGGUUCUUUCAAGGAGUUGUGUGAUUAUAUAUCCUUGGAGCUAGUCAAAUUUCUUGGGAUGAAUCCAGGAAAAGAAACAGAGGAAGUGAAGAAGCUCGGGUUUACGCUGACACGCACUGUCCAGCAAAUUGGAUCUGGUUCAUCAAUCUCGGCAAUACAAAGGAAGAGUUUAGCGAAUGAUGAUGAUGAUACGGUUUUGAAGGAGUAUGUCAAUGAUAUGAAUGAAUCAUUGGAGAGACACGGUCUGAAAAUUCGGAUGAACACGGCGCUGGUGGAUGAUACAGUUGGAGAGUUGGCUGGAGGAAGGUACUAUCACAAAGACACUGUGGCUGCAGUCACUUUAGGUAUGGGAACUAACGCUGCUUACAUCGAACAAGCUCAUGAGGUUUCGAGAUUGAAAUCAGCCAUACCUCAGGCACAAGAGAUUGUUAUUAGCACAGAGUGGGCAGACUUUAGAUCGUGUCAUCUUCCUGUAACUGAAUUUGAUGCUGCUCUUGACGCGGAAAGCUUGAAUCCUGGAAGCAGAGUGUUUGAGAAGAUGGUGUCUGGAGGAUACUUAGGGGAGAUAGUGAGAAGAGUGUUACUAAGAAUGUCUGAAGAAUCGGCUCUCUUUGGAGAUACAUUGCCUCCAAAACUCACAAUUCCUUACAUUUUAUGGUCGCCAGAUAUGGCUGCGAUGCAUCAAGACAUAUCCGAUGAUCGUGAGAUCGUAAACAAAAAGCUCAAGGAAGUUUUCGGGAUCAUGGAUUCAACUCUUGCGGCGAGAGAAGUCGUGGUUGAAGUAUGCGAUGUAGUCGCGGAACGAGCGGCUCGUGUGGCGGGAGCAGGAAUAGUUGGGAUGAUAAAGAAGCUGGGAAGGUUAGAGAAGAAGAUGAGCAUUGUGAUAGUUGAAGGAGGAUUGUAUGAUCAUUACAGGGUCUUUAGAAACUAUCUCCAUAGCAGUGUUUGGGAAAUGCUUGGUGAUGAGUUAUCUGAUCAUGUCGUCAUCGAACAUUCUCACGGUGGUUCUGGUGCCGGAGCUCUUUUCUUUGCGGCCUCUGGCGACGGUGGCGGUGGUGGCAAUCAAGACUCCGAAAACUGA